GCGUACUUACCGUACAACAAUAUGGCGGCAUCCCGGACAUCGGCUCCUCCCCGUUCUCCCGAUAUGCCUUGGGGAGUGGAUGACUCUUUUCCGCCGGCUGGGAAGAUGGCAGCUCCCGUUGAGGCAGUUCAGCCACUAGUGCAGUAUUUGGUUCUGCGAGGGGACUUGGCGCGGGCUCCAUUUUCCUGGCCGUUAGGCGCGCUGGUAGCGCAGGGGUGUCAUGCGGCCGUCGCAGCCCUUCACGCCCACCGCGACCACCCAAAAACGACCGCUUAUCUCCAGGAUCUGGGGAGCAUGCGCAAAGUAGUGCUUGAGGCUCCAGAUGAGGUUGCUUUGAUGACACUGGCUGAGACCCUAAAACAGAACAACGUUGACUAUAUAUUGUGGCUGGAGCAGCCAGAGAACAUUGCUACCUGUAUAGCUCUUCGGCCUUACUUCAAAGGAGAAGUUAACACAUAUUUAAGGAAAUUCAAGUUACUGAAGUAAUCCUAUGUGUCAGAGCCGUUUUGGACAAAUGGGACCUAGAAAGUGCGUGAUAUCCAUCUCUUGGCAUCUCUGCAAAAACUGCAUCAACAGCUCAAUGAUAGAUUCCCACCUUUGCCCUUAGUACUGGCAGUUUCUUUAGGGGUACUUGUAAGGAAAUUGAUUCUCUAGUAAAUUUCAAUUAAUAAACAAUUGCUCUUUCUUCAAAGACAGUUAAGAUGAGUGACACCAGGUUCUUCGAAUCACUUUGUGACUUGACCAGGUGCUUAUUGACUCAGAACUCUGGCUGGGUGGCCUUUCAACACAUUUUUAGAGUUUGAUGUAAGUAACUGUUAUCCUAGGAAAAGAAGAACUCUCUCUAGUCUUAUUUUUCAAAUUAUACCUGAUUAUGAUAUGAUAUUAUAAUGAGGAUAACUUUGAUCCAUGUAGUACUUUUAAUAUUUCAAAUCAGAUCACAGGAUUUGAGUUAAAAGUUAACUUGGAACUCAACUAGUUCAAGAGAUUUUACUCCCUUUUCCCCCCAUUGUGGAAAAGUCUGAAGCUUGUAAACCCUUUCUCAGAUUGUUUUUAAAUGCAUAAAAAUAUACAAGAUUCCAAAUGAAACCAAGUAUAUCCAAAUAUAAUUAAUCACUUAUUUAAAAGUUCAUGAUUUCAACUGAUCUAAUCCAACUCUGACAUUUGAUAUGAGUUAAUAGUCUGAGAAUUUAGGUAAUUUGUCCAAAGUUACACAGUAAUAUCCCAAAUUCAAACUGAGGUCCUCUGAAGGCAGAUAUCAUGUUUUUCACUCUUUCCUAAGUGCUUUCAUUUGCAUUUUCAUUGAUUUGGCUCUUUGUUGACAGAAAUUGCUUGUACUUACCCUCUCAAUAGAGGACUCUCAAAUAUAAUUUCACAGUUAUGUUCUUGAAUUGUUUAUUUUCAGCUGCCACUGUGUAUAUUGUAGAUAAAUAUUUUAUUGAUGCUUUCUAAAAAACACCUUCUCAACCCCAGCACUCAGAACACCUCUUGUAAAAUGAUCACAUUGUCCAUUUCUGACAAUCUGUUCUUUAUGCACAAAAGGUGGAAGCCAGGAUAAAAUUGAACUUGUAACAGGAUCAGGAUAACUAGAGAGGAAAGGGAGGCCAGAGCAGGGAUGGAAAAUCAAAGUAGAGGGACUGGAAGUUAGUAAGUGGGUAAAGACUAAGUUGUGGUCAAUAGAAUUUCUGCAUUGGGAAGAUCUAGGGUAAGCCUAUUUCAGUCAAUCUAUUGACAAGCACUUACUGCUUAUUCAUUCUUUUGCUGCAUGUCAAGUGCUAUUCUAAGCAAUGAGGGAAUUAAAUCGUGGUCAAGGAGUUCUUCUAAUUAGAAGAGACAAUAUGCAAAACAUUAAGUUAACACACGAGGCAUAGUACAAAUGUAUAGUAUAGAUAGUAUAAAACAUUAAGUUUACAUACAAGGUAUUCUCAGAGAGAGGGCACUAAUGGAGGGGUGGAGGAAGAGAUUACCACUAGGAGGGAGGGGUUGGGAGCUAACUAGGAAAGGAUACACAAGGUGAAAUUUGAGCUGAAUCUUGAAGGAAAGCUAAGAGACAGAAGGGAAGACAAUGAAACAGCAAGACUAAUACUGCUAGUUUUUAGACUACUUGGAGGGAAAGAAAGUGUAAAGAAAACUAGAAAGUUAGGAAGGAACCAGGUUGUAAUGAAAAACUUUAAAAGUUAAGCAAAAUUUUGUUGACUGGAGUUUACUGAACAGGGAAGAGCGAUAUUGUCAAACUUAAGCUUUUAAAAGUAAGAUAAUUUUGGCAACCCAGUAGAGGUUGCUGUAGGAUGGGGAGAGACUUAAAAGCCAAGAGACUAACCAGCAAGUUGUUUUAAUAGUUUAGACAUGAGAUGAUGAAAGCAUUCAUCAAAAUGGUGGCUGUAUAAGUGGAAAGGAAAUGGACCUUUGAAAUGUUGCAAAGGUAGAAACAAGACUUAGCAACAGAUUGGAGAUAGAUUGGGUGAGUGAGGGGUGUUGAGGAUACACUGAUGUGAAUCUGCUUGACAUGGAUAUGGUGCUUCUCUCAAUAGGAAAGUUUAGGAAAGGGGAUAUGUUAAGUUUGAGAUGCCCAUGUGUAUGGCUAAGGUUGAAGAUACAGGUUAUAGGAGAUGACGUCAGGAUGUUUGAGGGAACAUCAAUAUAUAUUGAAGAUCCUGAAUAUAAGGGAAGGGUUUAGGGUGGAGAAGAUAGGGAGAGUUCUUAAAAGGAAUGGGUUUUUAAAGAAAUGGCAUAUAUUGUCAAUGAGGUCUUAAUAUGCCUGGAUGGAGUCAGUCUGCAGAGAGGGGAAGUUGCCAAAUGAUACUGCUAGAGGAAGGGUCUAGAAGUGGCAGUGAGGAAUAAAGAGUAAGUUUACUUACUUGCUUGGUCAGUUGGUGUCAGGGCAGGAGAAAAAAGUGCAUAUAAUACUGGAGAGAGUGUCUGAAGCUGGGAUUGGAACUUAGGAAGAUAAAUCUUCCUGACCCCUGGCUCAGCACUCUUAUGUACAGGAUCACAUAGCUGUACCCAGAAGAUGUCAUUUAUUCAUUUGGUUAGUCCCUGCAUCUUAUCGCUCAGAACUUGUUACUCUGUUGGCAGUGUCCUUCCUGGUACUCUAGAUUGAUUAUAAGAGGCAUUUUGGCUUGCUGAUCUUGGACUAGAAAUAAGGAGGGAAUAAUGCUCUCUUCACAAUAUCAAAAGGUAAGGAAUUUCUCCAGUGAUGAAUUUACAGGAGAAAGUGGAUAAGAACUGUACAGAAUGGUUAGGCUUACAUUGUGUUAUAUAGUUUGCCUCACUGGAAAGGUAGGAUAAUAGUUGAGUGUCUGAGAGCAAGGGAACAUUGUUUCCUAUUAAUUUGGCCCACUUAAAAAAAAGUUCUUCAGCAUCACUGGGGAUACCAUCAGUAUGAGGACAGCAUUCUUUGUAUAUUGUCUGAAGAAAUUACUAGUAAUGCACAUGAAACAUGUAUUUAAAUUCCUGUGUCCUAGGAAAAGUGAUUUCAGACUCAUGAAAUGACCCUGAAUGAAGUUUUUCUUAGUUAUUUUCUCUGAAUAAAAAAUUGGGGUGGAAAUUAUACCAAAUGUACUUUAUUGUGAUAGAGCUGAUCUCUUCAAUAGGGAUGUUGCCUAGACUAUAAGAUCACUAAUUAGGUGUCUUUCUCUUGCAACACUCUUUUUCUCUUUGUUGCAUUAGGGAGUGCAUUAUUAAACAGUUGCCUUGGAACAGGUCUAGGGACACAGUCCUCAAAGGUUCAGAGCAAGUUGUAGGACAUCAUCUCCUUAAAGCAAAAGAUUACUCCCCUCAACCUUUUCCCAUCUCUGCCCUCCAUCCCUCAAACCUAGACCCUGCUAAUCACAUGGAUACUUAGCCUCUUGAAACCAUAAAGGCUUCCUUUGGUUCCUACAAAUGCUUGUUUUUAUUAAAUGUUAUCAUUUUCUGUAAGGUUGAGAUUGCCUAUACUUCUCUUUUGUUUAAAGUAUUAGUAUAGUGGGUAAACUUCUAACUCAACAAUUUCCUCAAAGUUUAUAAAGCAACACCUACAUUGAUUAAAUAGGAUGCAAGUAAAAUCAAUCAUCUGUGUGUGUCUAAAAACAUCCAAGGUAACAAACAACCUCAUGGUGAUACCUCAAUGAAUCCAGGAAGUCAAAAUCAAAGAAUGAGCUCCCAUUUUAAAGAUGAAAAUAAUCUGGCUCUGCUGACAAGGAAAUGAUGAAAUCAGCUAGGACUGUUUCAUCAAGAAAGGAUAUUUUUCAGAAUUAUUUCUGCUAUUAAACCUGAAUUUUCAGUUAACUGGGAUAGGCUUUGGAUAUUUCUGUAGUUUUCAUUGUUUCCAUUAAUUUAUUAUGUAGGCAACCCACAUUACUGCUAACCCAGGUCGAUUCUGUGGCUGAAAAGUGAUUUCCUGUGGAAUGACAGAAGUGCUAUAGGUGCAAGCAAUUUUAUUUUCCUCAAAUUUAGCAAUCAUUUUAAACUGUACAAACAUAAAACAAACAGUGCAACUAUAAAAACUUUUAAGGUGACAUGCAUAAUUUAAGGUGCAGCUGGAUUGGGAUGGGAGAGGUGCUGUCUUAUGUUGGCAUCUUCUGUAUUCUCUACAUUUUUUCCUAGUUCCUUAUACAAAAGCAGUCAGCCAGGAAACUUCACUUGGAAUGCUGAAGUUAGAGUUGAACAUCCUGAAGUCUGAUUGAUUGUACAUCCACAUGUGACAAACAAAAGAGAAAUUCUCCCUUGCCUCCACCCUAGGGUAACAGGGCAAUAAGUUGGAGGGUUAGAGUAAUGCAGGGCUGGCAGUCAGUAAUGCAGGCUGGGGAUGAAUGGAUCAAGGAUGAAGUUUGUGAAGAAUUUAUGGAGGUCAUAUUUAUAAUUGAAUAUUUUGUUUUUGUUUUGUGAUUACUACACAUUGUUACUUAGCUCUUCAUCUUUUCAUUCAUUACAUUUUUCUGAACUAAUUAUUUUUUAUAUUAGGUAAAGAUAGUUCUAACUGGGGGAAAUUGGGUGGGCAGGAGGGUAAGGGCUAAGAAAAUGGUUUCUUUAAUGAUGGAAUCUAUGUUCUUUGUUCUUAAACAUUAUUCUUUUGCCCAGAAAGCAGAGGUAGUAGGGGUGGAGAAUAUCAUUUGUUGACCCAGGGAAGCUAAUAAUGCCAUCUCUGGUUCUUUCACAAGGCCAUUCUCAAGCUUUCCUAUUCUCACAGUGAAAUUUCUAAAGGCAGGAAAUGGGUUCAAUGGAUCCCUUAUAUGGGGGAGGGAUAGUACAAAGGAAUAAAAUUAGCCCUAUAGCAGGAGGUAGAUUUUUCCCAGCCUGAUAUAGAAACAAUUAUGUCUGGAUUGGUGGUUAAUUCAAAUCCUAACCUUAAAACCUGAAAAGUGAGAAUUUCUUUGAGAACUAAUUUUUCCCUUUAUUCAAAUAAGAAGCCUAUGUAAUUUUGACAUUUACUCGCAAGAAUAGAUAGCUCUUAGUACAGUUCUCUGGAACAAGUCAGUUUGCCCCAUGGGACUCUUCAAUAUAGCAUAGCUAUUGGUUCCCCUUGAAAAAGGGAACGGCACUUUCUGGCAGUGACAUUAUUGGUUGUAAAUUCUUAAAAGUAAAUCCAUAAAUGGCAUCACAGUAAUUAAAAUAUUGAAAUAGCCAAAUGUUUCAGAAUUGCAAUUCAAUCAACAAGUUAUAUUUUACACAAAGUUUAGAAAAAUCAA